AUGACGACUAACUAUCGUCUUCCACGCAAUUCCAAACCUCACCGCAUUGCUGCCAUAGCUCUGUAUCGAACAUUAUUACUACAAUGCCGCGCCUUUCCCGCAGCAGCAACAUACCAGCGCAUCGAACUGCAAAACAUUGUCCGCAACCGCUUCUGGCAGGCACGACAUGAGAACAGCACGCGACGAUUAAGACUCCUGUUCGAAGCUGGAUAUGAGGGUAUCGAUCACCUCGAUGCUGCAGUAGCUGGAGAGGAGGAAAGUAAAAGCCGCAUUCUAGACCUGCUUGAGAGAGCACCUGCCAAGGUCAAGCAGCCGCGACCGGGCGAACAUGUCCAGCCUCUUGUGCCCACACAGCGACCUUCUGAUCGAUUAUCGCUGCUCGACAGACCGGUACCACUAGAGCAGCUCAAAGGCAAACGACAUGUCCCCGUGCUCUUCAAUGCUCAAGGCAUACCCGUCCUCCGCAUCAAGAAGCCACAGCCAGAAGGUUUAUCAGGCUACAUCAACCACAGACUUCAGUUGAAACAGAAACGGCAUGACACGCGACAUAGACUAGAAGAAGAGCUGGAGCUCGCCCGAGCAGAGGACACUUGGGAUGAGAUACUGCUCGAGUGUACUGCAGCCCGCUUGGAUGGCACUACUGAGCGUGUGCGAGAGCAGGGUUGGAGUCAUGCUCUUGCUAUGGCGAAGAAAGAGGUCAAUGAGAAGCUGAGUGAGGAGAGGAGGAAGAAUCAGGUCAUGGCGGAGAAGAUGCAGGCGGUUGUUGAUCGGGAGCAGGCGUUGUAUGAUGAAGAGAAGGCUGACAGAAAGCAGAAGUUUGGCAAAGGGCGCCAGAAGGUGGCAGAUGGAACGGUCGUGUCGAAGGAUAGUGCAAUUUGA